CUUAAAGUGUGAAAAAAAUUUUGAGAACAUGUUUUCAAUUUGGUAAAAUAGAUUUUCAAGAAAUAUUAAUUUGAUUUUUUAAAAUCUUAAAUUGCGAUGAAUUGAAAUUUCGUAAGAACCUACGCAAAAGAAAAGGAAGAAUAGAAAUAACUUUGAAUUUUAAGUCUAUUAAGUACCUACGUAUAAAUUUCUCAUAAUAAAAAUCAAUUUUGCGAAAAGUUUUUAAUACGAAAUUAAAUUAUUUAUUUUAAUAAGUUUAUUUAAUAUAUACAAAUUCCAAUUAGAUAAAAGUAUAUUUUAAAUAUGGCAUAUCAGGUGAAUCAAGGAAAUUCUCGUGAAAAUUCAAUUGAAAAUGAUGAUAAACAAAUACAACGUUUAUUGCAAUUAGCUGAAGGAGUAGAUGAUUUGAAUAUUGAAGAUUUACAAUCAAGAAGAAUAAUUUUUUCAAAUAAUGUACAAACAGCUAUUGAUCAGGUUUUACAAAGUAAUGAUCCUUUGGAUUCACCAGAUUUUAAUGCUGUUGAUUAUAUCAAUCAAUUAUUUCCAAAUGAACAAUCAUUAUCAAAUAUUGAUGAAGUUAUUUCAAAAAUGGAAUGUGAAGUUACUGUAAUUGAUGAUAAUAUACGUAGUGUUGUACGUGGUCAAACUAAUGUUAGUCAGGAUGGUCGUUUAGCAUUAGAUGAAGCACAAAAGACAAUAAAUCAAAUGUGUUUACAAAUAAGUGAUAUACAAAAUCGUGCAGAACAAACAGAAGAAAUGGUAAAAGAAAUAACAAGAGAUAUAAAACAAUUAGAUUGCGCAAAACGUAAUUUAACAACGGCUAUAACAACAUUAAAUCAUUUACAUAUGCUUGUUGGUGGUGUUGAAAGUUUAAAUAAAUUAAUUGAAAAACGUUUAUAUGGCGAAAUUUUAAAUCCACUUCAAGCAAUAAUUGAAGUUAAUAAUCAUUUUCAACAAUAUUGCAAUGUAUCACAAAUAAAGGAUUUAUCAAAUACUGUAAAUCAAAUUCAACGCACAUUAUCUGCAGAAAUUACUGAAGAUUUUCAUAGUUAUUUUGGUCCAAAUGUAACUUCACCUAAAAUUCCACUAGCUCAACUAUCAGAUGCAUGCAAAGUAGUAUCUGUUCUGGAUCCUAAAGUGAAAAAGGAUUUACUAAAAUGGUUUUUAAAUCUCCAGUUAGAAGAAUACAUUCAGUUAUUUCACGAAAAUCAAGAUAUAGCUUGGUUAGACAAAAUUGAUAAAAGAUAUGCGUGGUUAAAACGUCAUUUACUUGAUUUUGAGGGAAAAUUUGGAACAAUUUUUCCAAUUGAUUGGGAAGUUUCCGAAAGAAUAACAGUACAAUUUUGUAAUAUAACAAAAGAUGAACUUUCAAAAAUAAUGAGUAAACGUCGAAAUGAAAUUGAUGUGAAAUUAUUAUUAUUUGCUAUGACAAAAACACAAAGUUUUGAACAAUUAUUGGCGAAACGUUUUACUGGCACAACAUUAAUAGAAAAUGAUCAACAGAAAAAUGUAAAAGAAGAAAAUAUUUCCUCAAACAAAGAUUAUGAACUCAACAAUGGCUUUACGGAUAUAAUUGGUGUUUGUUUCAAGAGUCAUUUGGAUAUAUAUACAGAAAGUAUUGAUAGAAAUUUAACAGAACUAUUAGAUAGAUUUGUUGAACAAGCAAAUGAAUAUUUUGAUCCAAUCGCUGCUGGAUCAACUGUUUUUUCAAGUUGUGCAGACUUAUUUGUCUUUUAUAAAAAAUGCAUGGUUCAAUGUUCACACCUAAGCAAUUCAAAGCCAAUGUAUGAUUUGGCUAUGAUAUUCAAAAAAUAUUUACGAGAGUAUGCAUCAAAAGUAUUAGAAUCUAACAUUCCAAAAUCAACUUCAACACAAAGUGCAUUGGGUGGUACUAUGUCGUUUAGAGAUUUACAAAAUUUAUCAACAGCAGCUGGUCAAGUAAUUCACAAUUUUCUAAAGGAGGGAGAAUCUCAUAGAUUAGCUAAGGAUGAGCUGAUACGCAUUUGUUGUGUUCUAACAACGUCCGAAUAUUGUCUUGAAACAGUUCAACAGCUAGAAGACAAAUUAAAGGAAAAAAUUGACAAUUUCUACAUUGAUAAAAUUGAUUUGUCAGAGGAACAAGAUAUUUAUCACAGAAUAAUAUCAACUUGUAUUCAAUUAAUGGUACAAGAUUUGGAAAAUGGAUGUGAACCGGCUCUUACAAUAAUGAGUAAAAUUCAAUGGCAGAAUAUUACUAAUGUGGGUGAUCAAAGUUCAUUUGUUAAUUCAAUGAAUCAAAAUUUUAAGCAAACAAUACCAAUUAUACGUGAUAACUUAUCAUCGUCAAGAAAAUAUUAUACACAAUUUUGUCAUAAAUUUAUAAAUCAAUUCAUUCCAAAAUUUCUUAAUAAUAUAUACAAAUGUAAAUUAACAAAUUCAGAAGGGCAAAACAAUAUACUAGGGUGUGAACAAUUAUUAUUAGAUACACAUAGUUUAAAAACAAUAUUGUUAGAUUUACCAUCAAUUGGAUCACAAAUUAAUCGAAAAGCGCCAACAUCUUAUACGAAAGUUGUAAUUAAAGGAAUGACUCAUGCAGAAAUGAUAAUUAAAACUGUAAUGACACCAAUUCAGCCUCAUACAAAUUUUAAUAAUCAAAUCUUAAAAUUAUUACCAGAAAUUACAGUUCAGGAAUAUCAGAAAAUACUUGAUAUGAAAGGUUUAAAACGUACCGAUCAAUUGAAUCUUAUUGAAAUAUUUAAGAAAGCUAUGCCAGAAAUUAAAGAAAAUAACGUUAUAGCAUCAUCAUCAUCAUCUAUAACAGCAUCUGAUGUUUCAUCUAAUAAUAAUAAUAAUAGCAACAUUAAUAUAAAUAAUUCUACAAAUGAUAUCAUUUUUGAUAAUAAUGAAAAUGAUCUUAACUACAAAUCUAUUUCAACAAAUUUUGAUAAUACUAAUAAAACUGGUAUUAAUUUAAAUGAAAAUCAUAAAAGUAAAUUUGCAUCAAUAUUAAGUGGCGGUAUUUCUGGUGUACAACAAAUUAGUUCGGCAGUCGGACAUGCUGUCGUAACAGCCUCAUCAAAUUCAACUUCUCAAAAUAUGGCAAAUAGUAGCAAUCAAAAUGAUCGCGGACGAAUAAAGAAAUUAGAAAAAUUAAUUAAAAAAAGAUUACCAAAUUAAAAAUGUUUAUUAAAAUGUUAUAAAAAUCAAAUAUGUUAAAAUAUAAUUAUGUAUAUAAUUUUUUUUUAAU